GCCAUCUAGCAUCAAGAAUAGAAACUAAUUUUACUACAAACUUUGGCUAAAGAUUCAAAAAUUAGUUCGUCCCUUUGACCGGGAGAUGGCUAUACCAAUCCACGGUACCCCCCACGGAACCCCACUCGCGACACUCACGAACAUCGACACAUUGACUGCUGUUGACUGCAUAAAUAUCGGGCGCAACACGUGAAUAAUACUUUAAUGGAACAAAGGCGUGACGAAAGAGUUUUAUAAAAAAAAUUGAGCAAUGCCCCGACACGGUUGACAUAGAUACAUUAUAAAAUUCAAGUAAUUUCACCGAAAAAAAACGGCAACAUAUCUCCAAAUAAGCUGUAACCUUCGGUCAACGACAGGAACUCGUCAGAAUGCGGGCCAAUAUGAUUAUUCUAACUUGUUUAUAUUUGUUACCGGUAAUUUUGGGCAACAACGAAAAAAACGAGACUAAAUUUGUACCAACCCGAGAAUGGCAAUCUAUAAACAAAGGUACUCCUAUACCAGCAGGAUCACAUGUAAGGCACAAUUUUCGAACUGGAGUAACAGAAGUUAAAUUAAUGGACAACAAAGAUGCAGAAAAAAAAAGUUCUAAUGAGAGUUCUAGUCACUCUAUUUCAAAUUCGUUGACAUUACAUCCUGAUAUGGCAGUGACAGAAGACCAUGAUUCUUCUAUAGCCACUGAAAAAUCUGACUUGUUUGACUCUCCAAUAGAAGAACUAAAAGCCAGAUUAAAAAAAAUUAAACAAGGUGAUACAAAGACACCGCCAAAAUUAAAUGAUGAGCAUGUUCAACAAAUAAAGCAAAAGUUUCGAGAUUAUGAUACUUUGAAAAAUGAGCUCAAAAUGUUAGAUGUUAACAUUACAUUAGACUCUGAGUUACUAAGUAAUUAUUUACAGAAAUUUCAAACGCAUAGUAAUGCAAUUACUAUGGGAACUUUAACAGUUUUAGAAGUGGAAGAAGUUUUAAAUAUUCUAUAUAAUUUGGAAUACUUAGUUCACCAUAUUGAUCAUGCUAAAGUAUUUACAGAUAUGCAAGGUAUGAGUAAAGUUAUAUCUCCUUGUCUCAAUGCAACAAAUAAUGAAAUAAAGGCUGAAGCGUUACGACUUCUGGGUGCAGCUGUUCAGUCUAAUCCUAAUGUCCAACUUAAAGCAUUGGAAAACGACUUUGUCGAAAAACUUUUGCAUAUAUUGUCUACCAGUACUAAACUGGAGGUGAAGUCGAAAUGUCUGUUUGCUCUGGGUGCCUUAAUCAGACAAUUUCCAGCAGCGCAAAAAGUUUGGAUCGAUCACGGUGGCGUGGAAAUAUUCGGGAAAAUUCUAACGGACGAUCAGUUGCAAGUGCAAGUGAGAGUAAUGCAAUUGAUCAGUGAUCUGAUCACAGAGAGACAAAAUUUACGAGAGAUCACAGAUCCCGAACAGUUACAGCUGAAAACAAAAGCAUACGCGGCUGCGGAUGUCGAACAAAAACUAUUAACGUAUGGUUACUGUAAGCAUUUAAGCAAUCUAAUGAUAAAAAGCUUCAAAGUGGAACUCAAUAAUCAGUUUAAAACCGAGAACUAUAACUUCCUAGAGACCAUCACCGAAAGUAUGAUCAUUGUUGUUCCUGUCUGUAAUCAUCACUUUAAAAAAAACAAAGAAACGUUACUACUUAUUAUACAACAUUUAUUAAACUUUUAUCAGAGCUCCGAUCCUGCUAUCAAAGAAGAUGAAAGUGAUAUUUUGAAAAAUCUUACCCUAUUAAUUGAAAAAUUACAAACAACAGUUACCGAAAUACUUCGCGACGAAUUGUAGGUACAAAAGAGUAUAAUUGAACUGAAACAUUCGCGGGGAAGAAAGUGCACUAAUUUAAUUUAUGUCGCAAAGUUAUAAUCGUAUAAAGUUUUCUGUCUAAUGGAACAUUUCCUCCUUAAUAUUUUAUGAAAAUUGUUACCGAAUCUACAGUUGAUAAACAAUAUUGUUAUUUUUUAGAUGAGUAACGAAAUUGCUGCAAAGAUAAUUGUUAUUUGAUAGAAACGGUACUUAGUCAUUUGUAAAUAGAUUAAAGAGUGAGGUCGAUUUCGUGACGAAUGGAUGAAUAACAUACUAUAAAAGAAUGGAUGUAUAUUAAUCAUACGUAUAGCAUGUAAGGCAUUUAAGUUACCUGUCCAUACUUAUAUAGUAAAUAAUUGUUACAUUUCUUGUGUUUUAAGAUGUCAUUGUUUUGAUAAAUUAUUUUGUAUUGUU